AUGCAGUGGAAAGCUCUCGCCCUAGCUCUCCUGGUCGAACAUGGCUUCGGCCAGGGGUUCCCAGUGCCUGACGGGAUACCAGCCAUGUUACGUUUCCAGUGUUCGCAGCUCGUCAUCGAACGUCUAGACCCUCUCGUUAGUCCCGGUUCGAUACCGUCGCCGCAUCUGCACCAGAUCGUCGGCGGCAACUCAUUCAACGCGACCAUGGACCCGAGCACGCACGAUCUCGUCAAGUCCUCCACAUGCACCAGCUGCACCUUCACCGAAGACUUCUCCAACUACUGGACCGCCGUCCUCUAUUUCCGAGCCCGAAACGGAACGUACAAGCGCGUGCCCCAGCUCCCCAACCUCGGCCUCGGCGGCAACGGCGGCGUCACCAUCUACUACAUCCCGCCCCACGACGGCACGACCAACGUCACGGCCUUCAAGCCCGGCUUCCGCAUGCUCGUGGGCGACGCCGCUCUGAGCGAGCCCGGCCAGGACCCGAAGGUCUGCCACCGCUGCAUGCCGGAAGAGGGGGACAACAGCAACCUGAACUGCGCGGCUCCGGACUCACAGACCCUGCCCGCCGAGCCCUGUGUGGGCGGUAUCCGCUCGGUCAUCACUUUCCCCACGUGCUGGGACGGUGUGAACACGGACACCCCGGAUCACAAGAGCCAUGUUGCCUACCCGACUGAGGGCACCUUUGAUUCCAACGCUGAUGGUGGCCCCUGCCCGGAGACUCACCCGGUUAAGAUCCCGCAGGUUAUGUUGGAAACCAUUUGGGAUACCACCCCCUUCAACGACGAAGAGCUCUGGCCCGAGGAUGGCUCGCAGCCGUUUGUCUGGAGCACCAACGACCGGGACGGCUAUACGCAGCACGGUGACUACGUCUUUGGCUGGAAGGACGAUUCCCUCCAACGCGCCAUGGACUACCGCUGUACGGGAGACGUUUGCGAUGUUUUGGAGCACCAGACCUUCGAGGAGUCGAUAAAGUGCACCAUCCCGCAGACUGUCGAGGACGAUGUCGAUGGAUGGGUCACUCAUAUUCCCGGCCAGGAGAUGCUGGAUUGAUUGUGUGGGUAGGUACCUUGGUAGAGGUGUGGGAUUGCUGCGUGGGGGCUUUCACGUCAAACAAAUG